AUGGCCCAGCCCGGCGGAGCUUUGCUCCAACAAUUCAUGCAACACCUAUCUACCGUCUUCGUCUCUGGCCAAUCGGCCAUCCUCGUCGCCUCGAUACCGCUGGGUCCAGAUCAUCCAUACUGGACACCCAUCCAACAGUCUGUCACGAAGGUCCCUCCUUCUGCUCUCGCGCCCGAAGCGAUAUUUCACCUCACGUCCGCCAUCCCCGCCUCAGCAAGAGACACCUACGCAGCCUUCGUUGCGGCUGUACUGGAUAAUCUUAACCCGCUUCACCAGGCGACACCGAUUGGCGAAGAUGCGAUCCGGACAAAGGCGUAUGGGGACUUUACGAGGUUGUUGGCUGUUUAUACCGAGCUGAAUCGGCUGUAUGGCAUGUCUGCGAACGGGCCGUACCUGCAUCCUUUCCUCAACAAGCUGGUCCUUGAGAUGGCGAAGCGGAUACUGCCUGUCUCAAGAAGAGCAGCCGCACUAGCCACCUCUCCCUCUCGCGACCACGACUCCUCCCGCUCCAUCAAAGACACGACCCGUCAAGCCAUCGAGCGGUCCUUCCAAGUCGCCUCCUCACCCGUCGCCUCCUCGGAAUGGGAAUCCGAGAUAGGCAGGGGCGAUUUCGUAGGGGACGUAGUGUGGAGCCUCGCCAAUAUCCUCUGGCGGAUAUAUGCCGAGCGUAAACUCCACACUCAAGCUGUCGAGCUCCGCCGAUCCGUUCAGUCCCUCACACCACCCGAGGACAGGCGGCUGGCCAUGCGCGGCCAACAUGUCCGUCAGGCCGACGUGUGCGAGAGCUGGUAUUGGCGCGGAAGGCUAGAAGUGAUUUUGCUAGAUAUGAGAGGGGCGAAGGCCAGUUUAGAUCGGGCUUGGGAGCUCUGCCCCGAGAGUGGAUGGAAGCAAAGAAGAUCCAUCCUCAUGCGCCUCAUCCCCAUCAACCUCCUCCUCGGCCACCUCCCCCGUCCGGACAUACUCACGACAUACAAUCUGCCCGAAUAUGUCGACCUCAUCCGCGCGUUCCGGACAGGCGAUAUAGCGGCCUGGCGGCGAGAGCUCGAGAAGCGGAGAGAAUGGCUGAGGAGCCGGAGUGUCUGGUUGGUUUUGUUUGAGAGGGGGGAGAUAUUGGUUUGGCGGAAUCUGUUUAGAGAGGCACUACGCCUGUACUAUACCCUCGAUCCCGGUACGACCCGGAGUAGGUGUCCGACGUGGAUCUUUGUCUCGGCCGCUUCGCGCGCGUUUGAGGGGUCGUCCGAGGUUGAAGAUGGGACGAUCGUGUUGGAAGAUGUCAUCUGUGUACGUGCCCAUCUCGACCGCUUUUCCAGUCUUCGUGAUUAA